AUGAACUACCCUAAAUAUUUAAAGGACUUAAAUGACUUAGAAAAUAUUAGCAUUCCAACCAGCAAUACUAAAAAGGAUAACAACGCCAUUAUAAACCUAAAAAGAAAGAUGAAAUUUAAUUUAAUUAGAAAUGCAUAUGAUCGCCGAUAAAAUAACAACCCAAACGGCAUCAAUCCAAAUAUGCCCAAUAAUUAAUUGCAGCAUAUGCCUCUACAACCUCAUUAGUAGCAAGUAAAUUAGUAUCAUCAUAAAGGAAAUAAUAACAAUCACAACAAUUUGCAUCUUAAUAACAUAAUUUAAAACGGAGUAGGGUAGAUUCCAAGCGGUCCUAAUAGUACAAUUAAUAGCUAUAAUCAUAAUUAGAAUAACCAUGUAGCAGGCACAAUGCCAAUGAGUGCUAACAAUAUGAACAAUAACGCAUAUUUAGCUAGUGGAGGUAUAAGCAAAAAUGGUAGUGGAAGUGGUUAAGCUUAUCUAUAAAUAAGUAAAAAUAAUAGUAAUAGCAGCAGUAAGCAAAACGGAGUUAAUCACAAUAUUGCAGGAUCUUCAACUAAUUCUAAUACAAAUACUUAGCACAACAAUAACCCUGCAAAUUCUUCAAAUGGCAAUAAUAACUAGAAUCACCCAUUGAGGAAUAUUAUGAUAAGCAGUGAAAAAAAUUCCAGAUAAGGCGAUUAUCCUUAAACUAUAGGAAUUUAAAAUUAUACUCCUUAGUCUGCCAAUAAACCUAGGCUUACAUCUGGUAGAAAUGCAGGUGCCUCUCACUCAGGAACAGCAACACCUUCAAUGAAUGGCACAAUUGAAUAUCGAAAAGGAGGCAGAUACAACCAUUCAUUGAAUCCUUCAAAUAAUACAUCUACAAAUAAUUAUAAUACACACGCAACUGGUUCAGUUAGCACAAAAUAUUCACCUAGUUUACAGCCUUAAAGCAACAGUAACAACAACAACUAUCACAUCCCACAUACAAGAAAUUCUUCACACUCUACUCAUAAUAAGCAAAUAAACAACUAAAAUUAUUAAAAAAACAGUGUUUUAAAUAAGUCGAUGAAUGAUCAUUAUAGAUUAGAAUCAGCUAUGUCGAAUCUCGAUGAUUCAACAAACGCUAACAACGUAUCUUUUUAUGAAAAAUCUGCUCCUUUUGACUUAAACAAAAUUCUUCCUAAUCACUUCGAUACUACAAAAGCCAACGAUAGAUCAUUCGAUGCAGGCUUAAACACCACUCAAAAUCAUAUUCGUACAAUAUCAAAAGCUUCUACUUACAAUCCACCUUCGAACCCUAAAAAAUUGGUAUCUGAUGAAGCAAUGAUGCUUUUAGAGAAAGGAUAAAAGUUGUUCAAAGAAAAUAACCUCUCAGAAGCGAUAUAAUGUUUUCAAGAAGCUCUCAAAAAAGAUAAUAGAAAUUUAGAAUUAAAUUAUUUGCUUGGUGUGUGCUACCUUGGUAAAACAGAGUAUGAAAGGGCAGUUAAAGAAUUCCUAACUGUAAUGGAAAAAAAUCCAAACUACCGUAAAAAUAUUUACCUCCUAAUUUCAAUUGCUUUUAAAAAGUUAGAUAAUAUCCCAAGUGCUAUAAGAAUGCUUUCUAAAGUUUUAUAAAACCACCCUAAAUAUUAUGAUGCUUACAUCUAUAGAGGAAAACUCUUUAUAAAAGAAAAGAAAUGGGAUAAGGCAGAGUAAGAUUUUAAUAAUGCUAUCAGUAUACACCCUGAGAAAGGCAUAGCUUAUUUAGGAAAAGGAGAUUGUCUUUAAUUUAUGAAUAGAUACUAAGAAGCUAUAGAUAUAUACACCAUGGCUCUUUAAACAGAAAGUUACAUAAAAUCAAAAGCUCUUUUAAAGCGUGCUAUUACAUAUAUUGAUAAUAAAUAGCUUGAUUUGUCAUUGUAAGAUUUGAACGAAGUACUAGAAAUUGAACCAGAAAAUUCUGAGGCUUAUUACUUUAAAGGUCUUGUUUAUUACAAACAAAAGAAUUUGAAUGAGGCCAGUUUAUGCUUUGAACAAUCUAUAAAAUUUAAUAAUUCAAAAAAAGCAGUAACAAAAUCUUUGUAUGAAAUAGCUAAAAUAAAAAUAGAACAAAGAGAUUUCUAUGAAGCUUUUCAUACUUUAAAUAGAUCAGAUUACUUAGAUACUGACAAGAAAAUGUUAGAAAAGUUUAGAUUAUUCACUGAAGGAGUUAUAUUUUUAAUGAAACGUAAAUAUAAAGAUGCCAUAGAUAAUUUCAAUUUAAUCACUUCAAAUUUUAGUUUGGGUGAUUUCAUGAAACCUCUCUUUUACGUAUACAGAGCUUAUGGAUAUUUUUGCUUAGGCAAACACCAAAAUGCUCUUUAUGACUACAUGGCUGUUGAGUCCAACCUUAAAGAUGAUUUAAAUUCUUAAUAUAAUAAAUCUCUUUGCGAUGGUAUAUUAUCUGUAAUGGCAGGAAAAUAUGAAAUGGGAUUAAAACAUUUUAGAAAUGCUGAAAAAAUAUUUAAAUAAAAAAUGGAACCUGCACUCUACAGAGGAAUAAGCCUCAUUAACAUGGCAUUUAAGUUACAUACAGAUAAUUUAGAGUUAUAGAACUAGUGCAUUUUGAAUAGUUUAUAAGAAAUGGAUAGAGCUGUAGAAAUUAGUGAUACAAAUGCUAAUCUUUUUUAUUUUAGAGCUAUUGUUAGGUGCUAUCUAGGAUAUUACUAGGAAGGAAUAGCUGAUAUCGAUAAAGCCAUAGAAAAAAGUGAAGAUAAUGUUCCUAAGUAUUUCUACUUACGUGGACACACUUUUGGGAUUUGCAAAUAAUAUAAAUAAGCAAUAUCAGAUCUUUCAAUAGCCAUUUAGCUAGAUGAAAAUUAUGCAGAAUCUUAUCUUGAAAGAGCUAAAUGCUAUCACUUUGCUGGAGAAUCAAAUAAUGCAUUUGCUGACCUCUAAAAAUACAUAUCUCUUAAACCUACAGAUCCCAACAUUCACAAAUGGGCUGGUAAUUUACUUUUUAACAGUGGAGCUUAUGAAGAUGCAAUAAGAGCUUACUCUCAUUCUGACCAAAUAGAGACAAGUGAAUCCUUAUUGAUUCUUAGGGCUAAAUGCAGCAUUAUUAUCAAAGAUAUAAGCUCUGCAUACUAAGAUGUUUCUAAGGUUAUUGAAAUAAAUCCAUCAAGAAAUUAUGCUUUUGACAGAGGAUGUUUAAAUGCUUUGUAAUUAGCUACUGAGAAUUUAAUUGAAUAUGAAUCAGUUGAGGAUCCUCCAAAACAAAAAGAUCCUUAAAUAUAAUUAUCUAAUUUUCAAAGUGGGUUAUAAAAAUUAUAAAAGCUUUCUUAAGCUUCUUAUAUAAAUGGUAAAAUAUUUAAAUAGUUUGACAUGCACCUAUAUAAGGGUGUCUUGAAUUUCUAUUGUGGAAAUUAUGAAGAAGCUAUAAAGGACUUCAAUCUCUCUUUACAGUCUAGGGCUGACUAUUCAGAUUAAAUUAGAAACAUGAAAAAGCCUUUAAAUAACGAUUCAGACAUACUCGUUGUUCCUUCGUCUGAAGAUUUAAAUGAAGAUUAUGAGUAGUCAAUAUUAGACUCCAUGACUUCAAAUCAAAUAUAUUACAACAUUGCCAUGGCUUAAUUGAUGAUGAAGAAAUUUAGUGAUGCAUAUGACACUUGUCUCAGAUUCUAAAGUUAAUUGUAAGAGAGCACAAAAGACUACUUCAAUGUUUUAAUGAAAUUAAUUUUCCAUGAAAAAGAAGUAGCUUAGCCUUAAUAAUAAGAACCAAUUAAUGAUGAACUUUAACUUGAGCUUUUAAAUAUUUUCCCUGGUGAUGGUAAAUUUUGUGAAAUUUUCCCUACUUUCACUCCUCCGUUCUCCUCAAUAAGUAAUCUAAAAAUGAGAUUGAGUUUUGAUAUCCCAAAUAUUGAGCCUCCUAGCUUACACCCAGUCUUUUAAACAUCAUUAAUAGAAAAUCUAGCACCUAAUAUGGUUGAAAAUAAGCCAGAAGCUCCUUGGAUUAGAAGAAACACUAAUGGAGUAAUUUUCACUGACAACAUACAAGUAUUUGAGGAUCUAGAUUUAGAAACUGAAGAAAAAGAAAAAAAUGACCAAGACAGAAGAAUAGAAAUCGAUAGAAUGAAAGCUAAGUUAAUGCUGGAUAAAGACAUCGAGGAUAAGCUUAAAAACUUGUAGAAAAAGGGAGGAGGUAACAAAAACAAAAAUAACAACUAAAACAACAAAACAGAGUAAUAAAAUAGAAAUGCAAACACUCACUAAAAUAAUUAAAAUAAUAAUCACCAGUGUGAUCUACCUUAAAUAAAUGAUAAAAAUAAUUCUAAGCAUUGA